AUGUUUGCUGUGGGGAAUACUUUAGUCUGUGAUGAUCUUGAUGAAGCUAAGCAUCUGAGUUGGACAGGAGAGAGAUUUAGAGUUGUAACCAUUGAUGGAAUUUUAUUAACAAAGGCUGGCACCAUGACUGUUGGCACAAGUGGUGAAAUGAAUGCAAGGUCACAAAAAAAGAAAAUACAAGAUCUUAAAAAAGAAAAAGAAGGGUUUGAAGCUGAGUUGCAAGAGGUGGGGUCUAUAAGAGAAAUGCAGUUAAAGGAGUCUGAAGCAUCUGUGAAGAUCAAUGGAGUUCAAAAGAAAAUUCAGUAUGCAGAGAUUGAGAAGGUAUAUACAAACGAGAAACUAUCAAAGUUGAUUUCGGAAUACAAUAAUAUAAAAAGUAAAAUUGGUGAUAUCGAACCUCGUCUUCUUGAGAUAAGAAAUAAGAUUUCCUCAAGACAACACAAGAUUUUAUCACUCGAGAAGAGGAUUAAUGAGAUUGUUGACAAAAUUUACAAAAGAUUCAGCGAGUCUGUUGGGGUGGAAAAUAUCCACGAGUAUGAAAAAAGCCACCAUGAAUUGGCUGAUGAAAGGCUUCGUUUGCAUAAUCAGCAGUCCAAAAUCAAAUACCAGCUGGAGUAUGAGAAAAAGCGAGACAUGGGAGAUCGAAUUGCUAAGCUGACAUUAUCAAAGAAUGAAUUAAAAAAAGGUUUGCUUGAGGUUGAUGAGAGAGAGAAAGAAGUUAAAUCGAGUAUAGAGAAAGUCACCAAAGAGUUUGCUACAUUAAAGGAAGAAAUACAGGAGUGGAAGUCACAAUCAGAGGUGUGUGAGAAAGAGAUGAAACAAUGGAAAAUAAAGAUGUCUACUUGUACAACCAAUAUAACAAAACUUAAAAACAGGAUAGAUGCUAAGGAGACUCUAAUCACACAAUUAAACUCCAAGAAACAGGAUAUUUUGGACAAGUGUGAUUUAGACCAAAUUACCCUUCCAACUGUGGCUGAUCCAAUGGAUGUUGAUGAGUCAGCACCGGUGUAUGAUUUCAGUCAACUUGGUAGGUCACAUCAGCAUAACACGACACCUGCUGAAAGGGAGAAGGUGGAAGCAGAGUUUAAACAGAAAAUUGGAAGCAUAAUAUCAGAAAUUGACCAAACUACCCCUAACUUGAAAGCCCUAGAUCAAUACGCUGCAUUGCAGGAGAAAGAGAAAACAGCCAUCAAAGAGUUUGAAUUGGCCAGAGAUGAAGCAAAAAAGAUAGGCAAGGAGUUUGAAGCUGUGAGGACCAGAAGGCUUACGCGUUUUAUGGAAGCUUUCGAGCAUAUAUCUGGUAACAUUGACAAAAUCUAUAAGCAAUUGACAAAGAGCAGCACACAUCCGUUAGGUGGCAGUGCAUAUUUAAACUUGGAAAACGAGGAAGAAGCAUUUUUGCAUGGAAUAAAGUACAGUGCUAUGCCACCUACAAAGCGUUUCCGUGAUAUGGAGCAACUAUCAGGUGGGGAAAAGACGGUUGCAGCCCUUGCUUUACUUUUCUCCAUCCACAGUUACAAGCCAUCGCCAUUCUUUAUACUGGAUGAGGUGGAUGCAGCACUUGAUAAUUUGAAUGUUGCUAAGGUUGCUGGAUUCAUUAGAUCAAAAUCGUAUGGUUUGCAGAGUAUUGUGAUCUCACUCAAGGAUACCUUUUAUCACAAGGCUGAAGCCAUGGUUGGGGUUUACAAGGAUUUUGAAACAGGCUGUUCAAGAACUUUGACAUUCAACCUCACAAAAUUCCCCGACUCGUGA